GCUUGAGAUCUUCCCAAUUCCUUAACAAGCUUCGAGGAGAACACAUUCACGAGUCAAUUCAGAUCAAAAUGACAUCUUUACGCAUUGCCCGUCGGGCUUUUCGUGCCUCAAUGCUUAACACUUCUCGACCAUUUUCCAGUACAACCUUCCGUUUUGCAAAUGCCAAUCCCGGUAAUGCAAGAGAGCAUGAUGGUACUGAAGAGUACCGCAAACAUCAAACAGAAAAGCCAUUAAAUCCACAUAUGACGAAUACCAACUCUACUAUUGUAAACGAAAUGCCUAGUGCCGGUGCGGGAAAGGUUCCACCAGAGUUCAUAACAAGUGCGGAUGGGGAUUUCACUCCAAAGGACAGUGUUCCGGAGAACACGGAGAGAAUGACUGGCGGUACUCAAGAUGGGCAUGGAAGUGGUGCUAAUAGGGAAAUGGCUGUUGGGGAAAUGGAGGGGGCACAGUUCCGAGUAGAGCCAUUGAGAAGGGAUGGAGAGCAUGAGGAAAAGAUGAGAGCGAGACUAUUGUAUCAAUCCCGCAAACGAGGAACUCUCGAAUCCGAUCUAUUAAUGUCCACUUUUGCCGAUGCUCACCUCCCUAACAUGACCGCUGCACAAAUGGUACAAUAUGAUCAAUUCCUCGAUGAAAAUGAUUGGGACAUCUAUUACUGGGUCACCCAAGAACCAUCCCCAACAUCUCGCGAAACAGCUGAAGGAGCUGGCUUUGGUUCAGAAGGAGCCACAACUAAUGCUAUGGGUACUGACCAAAAGAAAUCACCAGUAGCACAAGGUACAGAUCCUGGCAAACAAACUGGUCCUGAACUAGAGACAGAUGCAUGGAGAAAUGGCGCUCCAAGAAGCGGGGAAUGGGCGCAAACGAUUGGAACUUUCAAACCUGCUUAUAGACCGGUACCAAGAAGAUGGCAAAACAGUGAAAUUUUGGCCAUGUUGAGGAAACAUGUUAUCUCGAGAUCAGCAGGAGGUGUGCAUGAUGUAGAAUUAGGUGACAAUAGUGUAUCCGGUAAGGGAAUGGCUUUCAUGCCACCUAUCUUUCAGACUGAUCAGAAGCGAUCAUAAGAUGGAAUUUAAAGGAUUGUAAUUAUAUUGAAAAAGGAAAUUAUAUUGACCUGUUCACUGUAAGUCGGGAUACCAUUCAUGUAUGAUAUUAGUUAAUGAUGGACGGGUAUGAUAUAUCAUUAAAACAUUCUAUAUUCAUCAUAUAUUUUCUGACCUCAAAAUACUUCAGACCACGAACCAUAGUUAUUCAUACCGUUAAUAACCACAUCUA